AUGGCAGAUGCUAAGGCAUUUUAUGCUAUUCUUGAUGCGUCAAAAGAAUACCUCCACAUUUUCACUCAAGUUUCAUGUUUAACAGCUGCAACAAACUCAAUGGCUACUGAUGGUUUCAACCAUUUCAACAUUGGGACAAGGAGCCGGCGAGUUGAAGGUUGGGUACUGGACGUGGAAAAGAUCUUCAACUCCAUUGUUGUCGACUCCGUCAAGACCAACUGCGGCAAGGGUGCUGGUCUCGUCCGCCUCCUCUUCCAUGACUGCUUUGUCAGGCGGUGUGAUGCCACCGUGCUACUGGAGAAGAGCGAGGUGAACCAUCAGCCGGAGGAGGACUCCGGCACCAACAUCGGGAUACAGGGCAUGGGUGUGAUCAACACCAUCAAGGCGGCGCUGGAGGACCGAUGCCCCAACACCGUGUCCUGCGCCGACAUCAUCGCGUACGCUGCGCGGGACAUGGCCGAUGUCUACCAGGAAGAUUGUCGGGAAGGUGAUUUAUUCGUAGACCUUGGGCUGGAUCUGGAUAAUAUGACAAUUAAUGGUGCCUUAGAUGAGGCUUGUGAUCCACAUGAUCUAUCUAUACUAACUGGCAGAAAGAACAAUACCGAUAUAGAAUAA